AUCCAGGCAACGACGCAGACGAAAAGAAAUUAAAAUACUAGCGAGCACACCCUUACUUAAAUGAUUGCGUCAUCAAAAUGUCGUACAGAAAUCCGCAUCGAAUUUGAUCAAAUCAAGAAAAGUUUUUUAGGAUAAUACAUUAAAAAAAUGAGUAAAUAAAUACAACAGAAUAGCUUAGACAAGAACAUGGUAUUGGAAAGUUGGUUGGAUGGAAAUGUUACUUUCAGUUGGCGCGAAAUCAAAUGUCGUUGUUAGGAUAAAAAUCCCUACCCCCAGUUCUGCGGCUACGAUGUUCUCACCUAAGCUAACCAACUUCCUCUGUCGCCUUCUCUCCCUUCCAUUAUUUCCUUUUACUUCUUUCACUCUCACUUAUCUUCAAUUGGACUCGUUUCUCUAGCUGGGUUUCAUUUUUUCCCUUCAAAUUUUAUAUAAAACCUUCAGCUUUUGGGAGCUUUUUAAUCUCUUUUCCUUCUGUUGCACGCGUAAAGAACAGAGCUUUUCUGGGUUCAGCUUGUCUUCGUUUGUGUUUCAUUUCCUGAGCAUUUGUUUGCAGUGUAUAAAUGAAUACAGAGGCUUUAACUGAUUGGAGAACUGUUCUAUCUAGAAAUGUGCGGUAGAUGUUAAUUCCUUUUUGGCAUGUUCAAACAUGGAUGAUGGAGAAACAAAACGUUCGACCGGUUAUGGCAAGCCUCCAUGGAUGUUUAAAGGAAGCGCUUUGUAUCAGCUACACCUUGUGAGAGCAGAAACCGCUCGAGCAUGCAUCCCAAAGGAGUUCAGAUUAGUUGAAGCAUUUGGGUAUACUCUUGGUGGGUUUUUUCUCGCCAGCUAUGAUGACAGUCCUGCUGGAGUCUUUGAUGAGCUUGUUGUGAUUGCUGGACUUGUAUGGAGCCCACCAACAUCUUGCGCGUGGGCCACCAAGGUGCUCGUGAACAGUGAUGCAGCUUGUGAUCAUGGAAGGAAGGAAGUAGGGCUUCCAAGUCAGGUUGCAAGGUUUUCAAAGAGAAUAACAGCAAUUCCAAGGAAGGAAAAGAGUGAGCACAUUGGAUUUCUCGAUAUGAUCGGUAUGAGUGAUAGCUUCUCUGAUUCAAAGGAUCAUAUGGAUGUUCAAGUGACAGAAGUCAAUGGUCCUGCUGCAGAAGAUGACUCUUCUAUCAGCCUUACCACUUUAGUGCCUGCGCUGAAAUAUGACAAGUGGAUGGGGCCAACCAUUAAAUUGUCACUUCCAAGUUUUAGUGGCCGUACAGAGUAUACUCCUGAAAUUCUCAAGUAUUCUUGCAAGAUCCAGUGCAGAGUGAGAGCCGUACAACCUGCAAAAGUAUCUAGUUCAGAUCCUAUGCCAAAAAAUGACAAAGAACACUCAGAACUUCAUAGUUGUUGCACCAGAAAAUUCGCAGAUAGUGGUCGAAACCUCAGCACAGCAAUAAUGUUAUCUAAGCCCAUAUUAGCAUUGAAGUUCAGUUGUAUGACAAUGCAGGUUGAAGCUCCUUCCAUAGUUUCUGACUGUUCUAAAAAAUCUCUAAGAACUUGUUGAUCAACUGGUCUUCUUCGAAGGCGAAGCAAUAUCUAAUAUAUUGAAGCUCCCAUCAUAGUUUCCGACUGUUCUCAAAACUCUCUAAGAGCUUGUUGAUCAACUGGUCUUCUUCAAAGAAGAAGAAAUAACUAAUAUAUAUAUAUAUAUGUAUAAUUAUUGGUAUAUCAUAUAUAUAUAUAUAUAUAUUGUAUCUUGCAUUGGUGUAUAAUGAUAUCAAUUCUAGGAUUCAGUUCUUUC